AUGGGUGAGGCAAUACCCAAGGGAGUGAAGGAUCUGUGGGAAGCAUGGAACAUCCGCGGCCUGGUGAUUCUAAGUCUUGCCCUUCAGACAAUCCUGGUUCUUCUCUCACCCAACAGAAAACGAACUCACCGGCGGUUUUUCCGGUUACUCAUUUGGUCGGCUUACCUUUUAGCAAACUGGGCAGCAGAGUAUGCCGUGGGACAGAUCUCAGAGAACCAAGGAGACGAACCACAACCCAAGAACAACGAUCUUUUAGUUUUUUGGUCAACGUUUCUUCUCUUGCACCUCGGUGGUCCUGACACCAUCACGGCUCUUGCUCUUGAGGACAAUGACCUCUGGCUCAGGAACUUGUUCGGUCUUGUUUGUCAAGCGACGAUUACUCUCUAUGUCUUCUUGCUCUCAAUACCCAACAAUCUAUUGGUACCAACAUCGCUCAUGUUGGUGGCCGGAUUCAUCAAGUAUGUUGAGAGGAUCAAAGCGUUGCGUGGAGCGAGUCUUGAAACCUUCAAGGAUUCGAUGCUCGGGGAGCCUGAUCCUGGACCAGAUUACGCAAGGAUCAUGGAGGAGUAUUCAACUAGGAAGAUGCAUAGAGAGCCUACCCCGAUUGUUAGGAUCGAGGAGGCCGAGAAAGGUCAACGACCCAAGGUUUUAGUGAGGCCACCUACAGAGUUGACCCAUCUCGAGGCUGUCCAAUACGCUUACAAGUACUUCAACAUCUUCAAAGGUCUUGUGGUUGAUCUCAUCUUUAGCUCUCAGUCAGAGCAGUGGAGCAGCAGCAAAGAGUUCUUCCUCCAAUCAACACCAGUGGAAGCUCUGAGGGUUUUAGAGGUGGAGCUCAGCUUCAUCUACGGCACCUUCUACACAAAAGUUGACAUCCUGCACACUCGAAUCGGAGUUGCUUUCCGCUUUAUUGCCCUGGCAUCCCUUGUGUCAUCCCUCUGCAUUUUUGCAACGAUGAAGAAAUUUGAUUACAAGAGUUUUGAUGUAGCCCUAACUUACGCCUUGCUCGUAGGUGGCAUAGCACUUGAUUUUGUUGCCAUUUUCAUCUUCUGUGUCUCCGACUGGACAUUUGCCAGAUUUAAGAAGCCCAAGGAGGAUGUGGAAGAUGAGGACACCUGGGUCGACGAUGUUCUUAACUGGCUCCUUAGUUUCAGGAAGCUGAACUGGAAGCCCUACGAUUGUUUUCGAAGCGAGGAUUGCUGCCACGAGCACUCUGUGCUUGACAGAAAAUUUAUAUUUCGCAGAUGGUCUGAAUACAUAUAUGCCUACAACCUGAUAGAGUACUCUUUGGAACUAAAGCGUAACAGUGUCAACGAUACCAAGGGCUGCAUUCACAGUUUCUUCGACGCUUUCGUUCAGUAUUUGUGUAUUGACCGUGUCGUUUGUUGUUCCAUCCGAGUGAUCGGCUUCUGUGUCGGGAGCAUGAAACGUUGGGCUUAUCAAGUUCGCAGUAGGUUGAACAGUUUCAUCACUCUAUCAUCCAGGAGGAACCGGGGGCUAUAUUACGUUCUUUACCCUUUGAAGCUGUUUCUUAGAUUCUGGUUUGGAGUCCCAGUGAUCAACUAUGCCUGGGACUUCUUCGGCAUUUCAGAGCAGCUCAACCAGGUGAUGUACACAUCACGUAACCGCAUCACGAAAGAGACGUGGGAGUUGGUCUUUAAAGAGGUAAAGCGAAGAUCUGAAGCUGUUGAUGGGGCAGAGAGUGGUAAUGGGGUUUAUUCUACAAGAGGUGAGUGGGUGCUGGGCGAGGCAUCACUAGCGAAAGCUACAAGUGAAGCAAUCCGCAUGAAACUGCUGCGCUAUGUGACUCAAGUAGACUAUGAUCAGAGCAUUCUCAUGUGGCAUAUCGCCACUGAACUCUUAUACCACACAGAGAAAGUCACUGCAGAGAAUCACAGGGACCGCAAGUGCAGCAAGAUCCUUUCAGACUACAUGAUGUACCUCUUGAUCGUGCAGCCUGCUCUCAUGUCAACAGUCGCGGGGAUCGAUAAGAUAAGAUUCAUGGAGGCUAUCGCAGAAGCUAAGAACUUUCCAGAGGUUAAAAAGUUCGUGCACAAGAACCGCCUUUGGGGUUCAGACCUGAAGCUGGUCUGCGAAGAGAUUUUAUAUUCCCUCGAAAAGGAAAACCAAGGCAAGAGAUACCAACGCAGGAACGUGCUAGCUGAUGCAACUAGACUGGCAAAUGCGCUUAAGCAACUAAGCAAAGAAGGAGAAGAAGAGGUGAUGUGGGAGGUAGCGAGCAAAGUUUGGGUGGAGAUGCUUUGCUAUGGAGCAACUCACUGUGACCCGAAACAACAUGUAGCACUACUGAGCAGCGGAGGUGAGUUCCUUAGCUUUGUUUGGCUAUUGAUGGCUCAUUUUGGUCUUGGUGACCAAUUCCAGACCACAGAGGAGAAUACACGAGCCAGACUGAUUGUGGCCAAGUGA